UCCAGCAUUAGACAAAGCUGAUAUGUCAUAUGAUAUUUUCAAGGGAUGUGUCCGUUUCAAAUAUUAAUAGGAUUGUACAGUUAAUUAAGUUCUUGACAGACUGAAUGAUCUGCAUCACGACUGAUGCAAGGGAGAAAUAAGCUAUGAUCAUGGCACGUCAGUCUGUUUAGUUGUUGUCAUUGUUUUGUUCAGGCUGACGACAUGGCGGUUCGUCUGGAAGAAGGUAUCGACCUGAAUGACCUCCGACAAAGUAAAGAAGUAAUCCUUUCCUUGGCUGAGGACCAGGAACAAGAAAGAAAUCAAGACCUCCAAUUAGACAAUGAUUACUUUGAUCCUGAGGAUGUGUUACAAAAUGUCUUUCCUGAAGGGGAAUUUGAUUCGGAUGAGUCUGAAUCAUUGUUUGUCCGGAUGGGCAGAAACAUGCACGACGUGACCGGAGAUGGGGGUGUGAUGAAGAAGAUCCUCACCCAAGGAGUUGGCUCCGACUUGGCCCCUGAUGCUCUUGUCCGGGUACACUAUAAUGGCUAUUUAGAAGAUGCAAUUGAGCCUUUUGACUCCAGUCGACUGCGGAAAACUGUAAAGAAAUUUCGACUCAACAAAGGAGAGGUUUUCACAGGGUUUGACGUAGCUGUGAAUUCCAUGAAGAAAGGAGAAUUAUCCAGGUUCCUGAUAAAACCUGAGUAUGCCUUCGGCGCCAUGGGCUGCCCCCCUCGCAUCCCUGCUGAUGCCACUUUGAUGUAUGAGAUCCAACUGCUGAGUUUCGUGGAGAAGGAAGGAGUCGAUGACUAUUACAGUAUGACAGACGAAGAAAGAAGAAUGCUGACAUUUCCCAAGUUACGUCAAGUUGCUAAUUCAGAAAAGCAGGAAGGAAAUGAGUACUACCGCGUGAACAACUUCCGGCGAGCCGUGGGGAAGUACCGGAUGGCAGUGCGGAUCAUCGAGGAUGCACACCUGAAGGACUACAAGGAACAGCAGGAGCAGCGCAAGCUGUUGCUGAAGCUGUACCUCAACCUGGCCCUGUGCUGUGAGAAGCUGGGGGAGGUCAAACAUGCCCUCUACAACUGUGCCAACGCCUACAGGAUUGAACCCAAAAAUGCCAAGGUGCUUUACCACUAUGGAAAGUCCUAUAGAAUGGACAUGAAUUUCAAUAUGGCACGAAGUUAUCUGGAGAGAGCACAGAGGCUGCAGCCAAAUGAUUCUAAACUCAACCAAGAGAUUCAAGAACUAAACAAGUAUGAGAGGCAGUGUAAUGAAAUAGAGAAGGAGACGUGCAGAAGGAUGUUUUCUCAGCCUACUGGUGUGACUGAAGAUCCUGCUGUGGAAGAGGCCAAAAGGAAGGCAAGAAAAAAGGAGGAAUGUAGCCCAGACUUCAGGAAAUCAGUGUACGGAAAACUCAGGGAGUUGAAAGAAGACACCAGUAUAGAUGAGUUGCCCAUGACAACUUGCCAGCUGUCUCAACCCGAAAUAAGCUGUAUCUUGGAAAUAGCAGAGGAGCUGGAUCUAGAUCCUGUUGUCCGUGGAACUGGACAAAGUGCACAUAUGGUGGUGAAAAAGAAGAAGUCAUAAUUGCAAGAGGAAGUGUGCAUCUGCCAGAGAAAUUCUACACCAGUUGAGCUUGUGAUUUGAAGAUACUGUGUUGACUUGUAGUGUCAGGGAGAUGCUGCCGACUUUGGUCAAGGUUCUGCUGGUUAAACUGGAGAAGUGACACUUGUUUACCAUCAGGUCCACCAGAGGAGGAUAUCUCUUUGGGCUUGUUGAAAACAGUUAAGCCAGGGGACUACAGAAGGCCCACUGAUUUCACUUUGAAGAUCAAAUCAUGUUUCAUUUGGUUGAAUCUCAGCACUGAAGAUUCAGUUUCACCACUGAUGACCUCAGUAACAUUCAAGCAAUAAUAAAAAGUGUUUUCUAGUCAUUUUUUUCCCAGGCGCACAGGGCCAUGUUCCACAUGGCUGUCAUGGCACUACGACUUUCAUAACACCCAUACUUUAACGUAGUCAUAGCUAAGACAGCUUUGUGCAACAGGGCCCUGAACAGUUCUGCUAUUACAUUCCUGGGCCCCGUUCCACAAUGCGAUCUUAGCGCUAAGACUCGUAAGUCUAUGUUAAAGUAUGGGAGUUACGAUCGUCUUACGGCUACGAUCGCUUUGUGGAACAGGACCCUGCUGUAUACUUUAGAGUGCGCCCACUUGCACAGAGUGAUCUUACUGCUGAGACUAAUGCCACUCCUAUUCUGUAACAGAUUACACUUCGCAAGUGGGUCCUGGGCCCUGUCCCACGAAGCAGUCUUAGCACUAAGACACAAAGCCGUUGUAACGCCCAUGCAUAAACACAAACUUACGAUAGUGCCAAGAUUGCUUUCUGAAACUGGGCCCAGGGAUGAAAAUCUUCCGCAGAGUCACUUUUUUUAAUAUAUGCCAUUACACGAUAUACACAUAAAUCAUACAGUGCCCCAGACCUACCAGCUCGCUUUCUCAACCUUGAAUGCCAAGGACCACCUGGCCUAGAGCUGCCUCGUAAACAGGGCAUUGUGUAAAACUCCUACCUUAGAUCAUGUGUUUAUCACUUGAGAAUGUGUUUGUUUGUUUUUUAAUAUUUUUAAUUUUUGGAAAAACAUUUUAUUCACAGAGAGAUGGAUUCAUUUUGUCAGCGAUAGACAUUGGCACUAUGGCCCUCUAGCCAAACUAGUUAAGGUAUUUUAAGGACUAGUAGAAAUUUGCCAUUUUUAAGUAUUUUGCUAUAUAUUAUCUUCAUAAGGAUUACUGGAUUAUAAAUCUUAGUUUCUAAAGCUGUUUGUUUAAAGUAACCUCAGCUCGUUAUUUUCUGUUAUAUGUCAUGGCUGGUCACUAUUUCAAUGCCAGUAUUACUUUUCUUUUUAUUAAAACCUUUCAGGUUACUGGACCUAACAUAAGUUAUCUGUAAGUCUUUCAUUUUGGUUGUGUUCAUGAUUGUAUUGUUGCUCUUACGAAUCUAUAUAUCACCGUUGUCAUUAUAACAUUGUGUCCUUGGUUGCUUUUAGUUUGUCAUUGUUAUUAAUUUAAGGUCAUCUGAAACAUUAUAGGUUCAGGUAAGCUUAUAUCAAUGUCACUAAUCUGUAUGUCAUAACCUUUUACAUUCUUACAUGUCCGUUGUAAAAAUGAGGUCUGUAAACAUUAAAAACAGCCAUUCGUUCCUGCAUCAAUACCGAGAUAACAUCUGGGUUUUCAAAUUUAAGUUUUUGAACGUGAAUUUCAUGCAUGGGCAGUUUUCUAAUUUGAACCUCAUGCAAUUCAAACACCCUAAGGAAAAUAGAAGCAUCUCCUGUGACAUUUAGUACACUAAUGAUGUUCUGGAGACAGGCGAUUAAAGCAUUAUUAUUAUUAUAACGAUGUAAACACGAGAGGGGGACAUUAUGGUGGGGAUAAAGCAGCACAAAUGGAUAAACUUUUUGUUGAAUUUUACAAUAACUAAUAGUUGGUUGAUUUUCUGUCUUCAAUAUAUUUCCGCGUUUUGUUUCACUGUGAUAAUGGUGAUGAUGCUGGGGACAUCAACAAAUUCAGGUCCUGUUGUAGAUUCAGUAUGAGCUGCAGACAAAUUCAGGUCCUGUUGUAGAUUCAGUAUGAGUUGCAGACAAAUUCAGAUCCUGUUGUAGAUUCAGUAUGAGUUGCAGACAAAUUCAGAUCCUGUUGUAGAUUCAGUAUGAGCUGCAGACAAAUUCAGGUCCUGUUGUAGAUUCAGUAUGAGCUGCAGACAAAUUCAGGUCCUGUUGUAGAUUCAGUAUGAGCUGCAGACAAAUUCAGGUCCUGUUGUAGAUUCAGUAUGAGCUGCAGACAAAUUCAGGUCCUGUUGUUGAUUCAGUAUGAGCUGCAGACAAAUUCAGGUCCUGUUGUAGAUUCAGUAUGAGUUGCAGACAAAUUCAGAUCCUGUUGUAGAUUCAGUAUGAGCUGCAGACAAAUUCAGGUCCUGUUGUAGAUUCAGUAUGAGCUGCAGACAAAUUCAGGCCCUGUUGUAGAUUCAGUAUGAGCUGCAGACAAAUUCAGAUCCUGUUGUAGAUUCAGUAUGAGCUGCAGACAAAUUCAGAUCCUGUUGUAGAUUCAGUAUGAGCUGCAGACAAAUUCAGAUCCUGUUGUAGAUUCAGUAUGAGUUGCAGACAAAUUCAGGUCCUGUUGUUGAUUCAGUAUGAGCUGCAGACAAAUUCAGGUCCUGUUGUAGAUUCAGUAUGAGUUGCAGACAAAUUCAGGUCCUGUUGUAGAUUCAGUAUGAGCUGCAGACAAAUUCAGGUCCUGUUGUAGAUUCAGUAUGAGCUGCAGACAAAUUCAGAUCCUGUUGUAGAUUCAGUAUGAGCUGCAGACAAAUUCAGAUCCUGUUGUAGAGUCAGUAUGAGCUGAAGACAAAUUCACAUGUAGGAGUUGAAGAUAUGGCUGAACGUGUUGCUGAUGUGAGGAUCUUGUAUACUAGGGCUGGGAUGAGUCCAAAUUUAGUACCCGGGUACUCACUUCCCUAAUACCUGACCCUACCCGGGUACCCGCUGCAGGUCUCAAGAGAUAGAUACAAAAUGUUUGAUUAUCCCCCGUCCGUCCGUCUGUACGUCCGUCCGUCAUGUUUCGUUUCCGAGGCAUAACUCAGAA